AUGACGUCCGUGAAACCCAUCAAAGAGAAGCCAGCAGGCAAAUCUCUUUUCUCAACGUCUGCCGGCGGAGCCUCCCUCUUAAUCGCAUUGCAAACCGGGUCUCGAGCGCUGACGUUUAUAGUCAACCAGAUACUUCUCCGGUAUCUCUCACCCGAGCUGCUUGCCGUGUCAACGCAACUUGAAGUUUACUCCAUCACCGUACUAUUCUUCUCAAGGGAGAGUUUACGUGUCGCAAUACAGCGUCAAACGGACGUAAAUGAUGAUGAUUCCAAGGCUAAACAAGACAGGAAUCUCUCUAGAAAGGACAUAUAUUUGGAUAGCAGAACGACUGCUGGCAAAAGUCAAGCAAUUGUGAAUUUAUCAUAUAUUUCUAUUGUUCUUGGACUGGUAUCUACUAUGAUAUUUGGCUGGAUCUAUGCUAAUGCCAGACAAACUGGCGUGGUUGAAACACCAUAUUUUGGACAAUCUUUGAGACUCUAUGGCGUGGCAGCGAUUCUAGAAUUGUUGGCUGAGCCAUGCUUCGUUGUGGUUCAGCAGAAAUCAGCGUUCAAAAUUCGGGCUACUGCCGAGUCGAUUGCAACUGUAUUAAGAUGCAUUGUCACCUGUGCUGUUGCAGUUUGGGCCGCUCAUCAUCAAAAAGAGUUGGGAGUAGUGCCGUUUGCAAUUGGUCAGGGAGUAUAUGCUAUUUCAAUACUACUGGCGUAUUUCUUGGCCGUGUGGCAUAUUGCAUCGCGCGGAGGGUUUUCGUUGAGACUCAAGCCUAUCUCCAGCAAAAAGAAUGAAUAUAUCUACUCUUACUUCUCCAAACCAUUAUUGUCGUUAGGAGGGAGUUUGAUGAUACAAUCAAUGGUGAAACAUGUCUUGACGCAAGGCGACACAUUUCUUAUAGCGUCCAUGGCCACUCAAAAAUCCCAAGGCAUUUACGCACUAGCCAGCAAUUAUGGAGGUCUUGUUGCCCGUCUGGUCUUACAGCCAAUCGAGGAAAUGUCCAGAAACUACUUUGGCAAGCUUCUUUCUGCCGUCGAUGGCAAGACAACCAAGGGAGCCACCAAGAAAGCCAGUGCAGAUCUGCAAAGGCUACUAAGAAUAUAUCUUAUCCUGUCAGUUGCCAUAGUUGCCGUGGGUCCCGUCGUCGCUCCUCUACUCUUAAACCUCAUUGCUGGCCCACGAUGGCAAUCCUCCGGAGCUGGCAAUGUCCUUGCAGUGUAUUGUUACUAUAUACCACUACUUGCGUUGAACGGAGUGUGUGAAGCAUUUGUAGCCGUUGUUGCUACUGAAGCUGAAGUCUAUAGGCAAUCUUUAUGGAUGACUGCCUUUUCUGCCGGCUUUGGCAGUGCUGCCUAUCUGUUCUUAGGGCUUUUGGGUCUCGGAGCCGAGGGCCUUGUACUGGCAAAUAUGGCUAACAUGCUCCUACGAAUCACAUGGUGUGGUCAUUUUAUUCUGGCGUACUGCGGAAGCCAUGGUGCAGAGUUCAAGGUUAUGGAUUUGUUACCACGGCCUAGCACGAUAUCACUUGGGGUUGUUACUGGAUAUAAUCAAAUGUGGCUUAGUGGCAAUGAUUUUUGUGAUUCUCCUAGCCACGAGUGA